UCUAUACGAAAAUUGUCCGAAAUGUAGGGUGCGGUCAUGUACGUCUUCUACGCUGUAUAUAGCCCAACACACUGACAGUCUCUGGUAUUAUUUACGCGGAAUGCAAAUGAUAAUUAGGCAAAUAUACUUGUGUAUCAAAUCGUUAUGAUCCACUAUAUUAUGUUUACAACCUGUUUAUGAUUUGAGAAACGGAGGAAACAAUGGCGUCUGCCCUGGGCGAUUUGAGAUUUCUGGUCGGGUUGUUGAUCCUGCUCGAAGUUGAAGUGUUUGCGCAAGACACGACACCUCCGACUUUAACCUGCCCCAGCACAACUGUCAUUGGCAAUGGAGCAGUGGUUCGCUGGGAGGUUCCCACGGCAACUGAUGAUUCUGGAGAGGUCUUUCUGUCUUCCACUCAUUCAGUCGGAGAUUACUUUCCUUUGGGAAACGCAACAGUCACCUACACAGCUACAGAUAAAGUUGGACUGGAAACAAACUGCUCUUUCACUGUAACAGUGAUAGCCGACGGGUCACCAGAAAUCUCUAACUGUCCUGACAGCACCUUAGAGGUCACCGUGUCAGCUGGAGUGACCUCUUCAAAUGUGACCUGGACCGCACCCACCGCCGUUGACCCAAACGGAGGAGCAGUCACUGCCUCGUCAGACUAUGCCCCGGGCGCCACCUUUCAACUUGGCACAACGAAAGUGAUGUAUACAUUUGAAGAUGAUGCAGGAGAGAGAUCGAAUUGUGUUUUCAAAGUGAGAGUCUAUGAAUCCAGUGAUGCUGUAUCACCCACAGUUGUGACCUCCUGCCCCGAUGACAUCAUAAAAGAUGUCACCCCUGGAACAGGCGAGGUCAGCGUGACAUGGGUUGAACCGACCUUCAGUGACCUUGUAGAUGGGAACGACCUCUUUGUCAUGCAGACUAAAGAAUCAGGGUCGUUGUUUCCUGAGGGGUCAACGGAAGUCCUCUACACUGCGAUGGACACAAAGUACAACGUGGUGCAUUGCAUGUUUACUGUUACCAUUAAUGUUACCGAUGAUGACAUCCUACCGACCAUCUACAACUGCCCGAACGACACCUUGCUUUGGGUUGCCACAGGUACCACUGAGGUCAACAUCUCCUGGAUCCCUCCCACUGCGACGGACAAUUAUGGCACUCCGACCCUGGUCACGACCUCUGACCCUGGGACGGCUUUUGGUGUUGGGGUCGCCGUGGUGAAUUACACAGCAACUGAUCACGUCAACAAUGUUGCAUAUUGUUCAUUCAACGUGACAAUCUUGGUUGACGACGAAAUACCUGUCAUCACAGGUUGCCCAGGCAACAUCGUUGAAUACGUCCAGCCGAACGUUACAUCCCUGGCCGUGACGUGGGCCACGCCCAGUGUGACCGACAACUCUGGGGAGUUCACCUCUUCUACCAACCUGGCUUCAGGGUCUACGUUGCAAGCGAGUGUGGCGGGAGAGAAUGAGGUUGUCAUGAUGACCUAUGUCGAUAGGUUUGGGAACACAGCAAUGUGCACUUUUACCGUGAAUGUUCUAAUUGAUAUGCCACCUGUGUUCAAUUGCCCCGCACCUAUCAUCCAAAACAACGAGCUGGGUGUGGCCUAUGCUGAUGUCUCUUGGCCUCAGCUGACCAUCACGGAUGACUAUACAUCGCUAGCUAAUCUUAUGAUAACAAUGACUCAUUCUGAGCCACUGAGAGUGUUCUACGACAGCCCGACCACUGUCACCUACUCCGCAACGGACAAAAGAGGCAACAUAGCCAUCUGUAUGUUCACUGUAACUGUUAAUGAUGUUGAAAACCCAGUCUGGCAGACCUGUCCUACUUUCAUCUCCCAACCUCUUGACCCUGGAACCAAUUCAGCCAUCGUCAGAUGGACGGAUCCUACAGUGACAGACAACUCCGGGGUUGACCCCGUCGUGACCUCUACGUCAUCCAAUCCUGAGCUGUUCUACGCUGGCUCCUACACGGUCGAGUAUGUUGCCAGGGAUGAAACCGGGAAUGAGGCUAGAUGUGAAUUCACAGUUGUCAUAGAGACUGAUGAAAACGUACCUGUCUUCAAUAACUGCCCCAUUGGGACCCUAAACUUUGAGGCUGACCUUGGAACAUCCACAACCAUCGUGACCUGGCCGACAGUUAGAGCGACUGACGACAAGGACUCCAGCGUGACCAUAACCUCCAAUUACAACCCUGGGCAAGAGUUCUCCUUAGGGACGUACAGUGUGGAGUACCAGGCCAGAGACGAUGCAGGAAAUAUUGGUUAUUGUGGCUUCACAGUCGUCGUUGCAGAUCUUCAACAGCCAGAGAUAAGAUCCUGCCCGACUGACCAGUCAUUCUUUGUCCUCAAUGCCGCCAGUGACGUGGGAGUCUCCUGGUCCGAACCUCAAAGAACAGACAACUCUGGCACGGUGACACUUACACAAACCUCUGGAAGUAACUCUGGAUCUCGGUUCACGACGGGCACCUAUGAAGUUGUCUAUCGGGCUGAAGAUCCAACUGGAAACAUUGCAGAAUGUUCCUUUAUGAUCUUUGUGACUGUUAAACAAGAUACCAUAAGUCUUGAUGGAACCCUCACCCUUGAUAUUGUGCGAGGUCUUGAUGGAGUCUUUGGAGGUUCAACACGCCAAGACAAUUUACAAGAUGAUCUUGACAACUUGUUCCGAGGCACCCCAAUCGGAAGUGAUUUUGUGGGACUAGAGAUCACCAGCAGUCGCUUCGAUGCUAAUAGCAACUAUGUGAUUGACUACUCCAUCUACCUGUGUGCUACCUCCCACUACAACGAGGAGAGCAUCAAGGAUACCUUCAAUAGUGCCCUCACAGGGGCUAACAUGGACACCUUUGCCACUUCAAAUGUCAUUGUGACUGAUUCACUUGACUUUAAUGUGGUAGAGUUUAGGGGUCAGUUUACACUGAAGAGCAUUCAGAAUCCUGGAACCGUUCCUGUCGACUACCAAUCAUGCUGCUCAGAUCCAUCCAGCAGUACCUACCAAGCACUUCAGAACAGAAUCUAUGAUCAUUUUCAGCGCACCUACGGCACAGUGACACCUUUCAGGAUGUCCAAGAUCUUGUUCCUGACCCCAGGAAGUGUUAUUGUAGACUACACUUUGACCUACGACCCCAAUGCUGCCCCAGCUGCUUCUAGUCUGGAGCAGAGGUUCAAUGACACGGUGACCUCUGUGACCCUUGAACUCACAGAGGGGGUCAGCACUGGGCUUUACCUGGAGGUCAAUGGGGUCAAAUCUGGAAGUGUACAAGCUGUUUGUUCCAGUGACUACUGUUUGAAUGGUGGCACAUGUAUGAUCACAAACUCAACCUCAUAUGAUGUCAGCUGCAGCUGUCCGUACCGAUACUAUGGCGAAAGAUGUCAAAGCCAAGGUUUAAGCUGGCAGGUGAUUGUUGCCAUAGCGGUGGGGGCAGCCAUCUUCCUGAUCCUCCUCAUGUUGGUCUUGGCCUGCUGCUGCUACCUCAUCACCUACGCAAGGGUGAGCGCUGCGGACGAGGAAGAGCAGAGGAGGAUAAGAAAGAAAGAGAGGAGGUUGAGAAGAUUGUACCGGCAAUCCAUCGCUCAGGUCCCUCUUGUAAUGGUCCAAAAACCUCCCAAAGUCCAAAGGCCUCUACCAAGACAACGUCCAAUGAAUGACUACGUUUAUACCAAUGGCACCUUUAGGCGUGAAAUCGUGAAUGAGCGCCGAGCCACCGGUCCUACGUUCCACCAUGACGACAAGAAGAAGGAGGUUGCUCAACCUCGAUCUCCACCCCUCAAGAGGACCCAUCCACCUGAUGAACUUGUGAAAGAAAAAAGGAAGAUCAGGGAAAAAGGACCAAGAUUCGGUCAUGACAGUGAUCCACCCAAAAAGAAGAAAGUGAAGAAGGUGGUGAGGAUUCUAUCCCCCUAUCCUACCUCCUCUCCCCCAUCCCGAAUCCAAAAGAUUCGUAAAACGAAGCCGGAGCCAGAAAAGAAAAAGAAGCGACCAAAGGGACCUCAUUUCCAUGCUGAAAAGGAACCUGAACCGGUGAGAGAUCUGAAACAAAGAUUAUUCCAUGAGUUCAGCUAUUGAUCUACGUCCCAGAUGCUUGGACUUCCACCAACUUCUUCAUUGAGCUGAUCUUCCGGAAUCCUUUCUGUGUCUUUCCAUGUGGCGCAUUGCUGUAUUUAUCACAAAUACCCAUGAAAAUUCAUCUAUUCAAAGCCAGAAUGGUGUUAAUUCUGUGUUAGAGUAUUUGAGUUAAUGUCCUUCUAGUUCCAGAUGACCUCUCCUUUCCUUCCCUCUUUUACUAGGUAUUAAAAGUAAGAAAUAUAUAUUGGAUUACUAAUAAUUAUUUGUUGUAAAUUUAACCACCUCUAUCAUGUAUUGUAUUGCUGUAAUAUUAUGUAACAAAGACAAAAAGGAAAUCAAUGUUUUGAUAUUGAAAUGUUUUACACAGUUUAACUCAAGACCAUGAUAUCUGUGUGUAUCAGAAAUUGAUUCUGAACACAAUAUUAUGAUUGAGCAUCACAUCUGUCAUUUCCUGUAAAUUAUUCUGAUAAAAAGCAGUAUGAAUUGUUUAAUGAUCUUGAAAAGCAAAAUGGCAUUAUAGAGAGCUAGAUGUAGGUGUAUACAAAAAAAUUGUUACAAAUAUGUUACAUUCUUGAUUCCUUACAAAGUGAAAUUCAGUUAUCAUGUAUAUAAGUUUAUCUAUGAUAUUUUUCGUCCAAGAGUAGGUUGAAAGUCUGAAUGCAAGAUUGUAUGGAUGACAACAUACAUGGAAAUGUAGGUAUAUGGAAAUCUUUUGCAUUGUUCAUAUUGCAGUAUUACAAAAAGGAACAUUAAUCUUGUAUUUUAAUCAGAACUAAAUUCAUAGCUUUCAAAGAAUACAUGUACCUUUACUUCUAUUUAUAAAAAAAAAAUUGGUGUUAUUUAGUACUGGUACUUAAAAAUAAGAAUUCCAUGGUAAUUUGAGUGUUAACAAUAAAUUUAUCAGUCAAAAUAUAUACAUGUAUUUGUUUUUGUGUUGAUUCAACAAAUGUAUUUCUGUUCAUGUUUAGACUCUUGUUUCAUAUUGUAUUGAUAUACCUUAAUAAAACAUUUAUACAUGUAUCCCC